AUGGAUGAUGAAAACGACGAUUUGGAGGAAUGGAUGCGCGCAAAUCCCCUCCCUGCAUCCCCGGGGGGCACCGUCCCCAGUUAUGGUCUGGUACAGGUGCCGAAGCUGGACAAGUGCGUCGUCAGUCCUGAGCGAUGGUGCAGAGCUUGUGGGGAGGCCAUGAACGGUGGGGAGUCUUUUGUAUCUGUCUUCCUCGAAGAGGGCUCAGUUAGAGUCGAUGGCCCGCACAAAUAUCUGGCUGAUGAAGACGAUGACGAAGACGAAGACGAUGGGUCUGACCUGCGGGUGGUCCGUCGACCUUUCUUCAGCUGGGAUCCCUUUGGUAGGCCUCGGAAGCCCAACUACGAGAGUGCCACGAUACACACCGAAUGCUUUAAUCUGUUCCGACGCAACUGCCCAGAUGGCCAGGCAGCGCCCCGGCUGUUCCUUGCGGCACGCUGGAGAAGCCCUUGGGAGGGUGCGCCGAAAUUCAUAUUGAGCGUCAAAUCCGAUGUUACUAGCUUGAUACGGCUGGCGGCGAUAGCAUGCAACAUGCCGCAGCUGGAACUGAUGCCGACGGAGCUCAAGCGCCUGGUGUGGGAAGACUUGAUCGCCCAACCGUGCGCUCUUACUCGCUAUUACUCUGUUGUAUCGCUAGCCGCCGAUUCGAGCUGCCAGCCUUUGGAUGGGCAAAUCUCAAUGCCCGUUGCCAAGGUUGCUCAUUGGGAGCGAGGCCAAGGCCCGGCGAGCGAGGAGGAAGUCCUUCCGCCCGUCAUUCGAAUCGUCAUUGAUCACCAGGGAAUCAGCCGCAUCGAGAGGCUUGCAAAAAGGCCCGAAGCGCUUUCACAGCCAUCGGAUACUGAAUUGUACAUUGUGGAGAGUCAAGAAGCGCUAAAGCAUGUCGAGGUGCAAUUUCAGUCAGGAUUAGCGCGCCUAAGACACCACGGGGAUGAAAAGGCAUUGAAUCUUCUUCCCUGGGAUACGCCCUCGCCUCCGGUGGUAGAGCAUCUGCUGAGCCCAACAGCCGGACGGCCCAGUUAUGUUAGUGUAACGCAAUUUUCAACCAUUGAGGUGUCAAAGAUUACAGGAAUGACAUUUUUCAUGACCUGGGCAAAUCAUUAUGCCUCACCUAGGGGAACUGGGCCCCAGUACUUUAUGCAUGCGCACACCUCCAAGGAGCCUUCUGCCAGAUCAACAUUCGAUAAGCUCCUCUACCCACAACAAUGGGCUGGGCUUUGGCACUAUGUGCCAUUUCCACAUGGCGACCGAUUGCUGUGUUUUGGAGUUGAACACGAAUCUGGGACGAGUCUCAAGGUCUUGUUUCGAUUUGAGAAAGCCGGCGAUGUCACGGUUGGCAUCCAUUAUGACGGAUAUCCCAACCGCACCCAGACGCUGUGGCCGGCAAGCGACCGGAUGCAGCUGAUUUGCGGUCUAUCAGAGACCGGCAGCGUCAUCACACUAGAUGCACAUGCCGAGGGGGAUGACAUGCCAGACAGGCCUUUCAGACUGCCCUUUAGGCAGAGCGUGGUGCCAUUUAGUCACGGAGGAUGCUUGUCGUGGGCGCCGCUGGAGCACGUCGCACGCCUACGGCUUUUCACGAACGAAGAUGACGGCGUCUGCCGGGGCCUCUUGUUAGAAUACGAAGACGGUGGACAAAGAACCGUUGGAGAAUGCCGAGUUGGCGUUGAUGUAGAGCGGGCCUAUGUGAAGCCCGUGUGCCUUUGCAUUGGGCGGAAGUCGGGGUAUUCCCGCUGGAAUGUUCGAGCCAGAGUUGAUGGUCAAGCGGAACACACGCACACGGAGAGGAAUUGGCAAUGUUACGAAAUGCGAGGCAGACUUGUUUCCUGGCAGAGGCGGGGGUAUUCUACGCUCAAGGUAGUUGGUGAGGAUGACGCCGGUGUUGAUAAUGGUGGUGAUGGUGCUGGCGCUGCUGUUGUUUUUAUUAACGAUGAUGAUGAUGAUGAUAUGCCAUUUUAA